CUGCGUUGUGAUAUGAAUACAAACCAGAAAAAAAAAACUCAAUUUUCACUAAAUAUCACUUCAAAAUCAAAAGAGAGAGAAGAGAGAAGAAAUAAGAUAAAUGGCUUGUAAAGACAAGCCUCGUGGUGAUGAUCUUCACUUCCUUUUGAUCAUUUUCACAAUCUUGAGCUGUUCUCUUACUGCUUCUGCAACAGUGUCAGAAGCAAAUGCCCUUCUAAAAUGGAAGUCAACUUUCACAAACCAGACAAGUUCUUCAAAGCUGUCAUCUUGGGUCAAUCCAAACACAAGCUUUUGUAGGAGUUGGUACGGUGUUUCUUGCGUACGAAACAGCAUCAUACGGUUGAAUCUUACAAACACCGACAUCGAAGGUACUUUCCAAGAUUUCCCAUUCUCUGCUCUCCCGAACCUCAGUUAUGUUGAUCUCAGUAUGAACCGUUUCUCCGGAACCAUCCCACCUCAGUUCGGAGACUUCUCUAAACUCAUCUACUUCGAUUUGUCCAUUAAUCAGUUGGUCGGUGAAAUCCCAUCUGAGCUAGGCAAAUUAAGUAACUUAGAAACUCUCCAUCUUGUCGAGAACAAGUUAAACGGUUCGAUUCCUUCUGAGAUCGGUCGGUUAACUAAACUUCACGAGAUAGCCUUGUACGACAAUCUGUUGACCGGACCAAUACCUUCUUCCUUUGGAAACCUAACCAACUUAGCUAACCUUUACCUCUUUAUCAAUUCCCUCUCUGGUCCUAUUCCACCUGAACUCGGAAACCUAUCUAGCCUCGCUGAGCUAUGCUUAGAUAGAAACAAGCUAACCGGUCAAAUCCCUUCCUCUUUCGGAAAGUUGAAGAAUGUAACACUUCUCAACAUGUUUGAAAACAACCUCACUGGUGAAAUCCCUCCUGAGAUUGGUGAUAUGUCCGCUUUAGAUACACUUAGCCUCCACACAAACAACCUUACCGGUUCGAUUCCUUCUUCCUUAGGAAACCUCAAAAACCUGGCCAUUCUUCAUCUUUACCUGAAUAAGCUUACUGGUUCGAUCCCUGAGGAGCUAGGAGACAUGGAAACGAUGAUUGAUUUGGAGAUAAGUGAGAACAAACUCACUGGUCCUGUUCCUGGUUCAUUUGGUAAGUUAACCAAAUUGGAAUGGCUGUUUCUUCGUGAUAACCAUCUCUCAGGUCCGAUCCCACCGGGAAUCGCUAACUCCUCGGUGCUUACCGUCCUGCAACUCGACACCAACAACUUCACCGGUGUAUUGCCUGAAACAAUCUGCAGAAGUGGCAAGCUCGAGAAUCUCACGCUAGAUGAUAAUCUCCUCUCAGGUCCCAUUCCUAUAAGCUUGACAAACUGCAAAAGCUUGAUCAGAGCAAGGUUCAAAGGUAACAGCUUCUCCGGAGACAUCUCUGAGUCUUUCGGAGAGUAUCCGAAUCUCAACUUCAUUGAUCUCAGCAACAACAAGUUCCGCGGACAGAUUUCACCCAAGUGGGAAAAAAGUCGAAAGCUAGUUGCUUUCAUCGCAACAGACAACAACAUCACCGGACCGAUCCCACCUGAGAUAUGGAACAUGACACAGCUAAACCAGCUCGAUCUAUCUUCCAACAACAUCUCCGGCGAGCUGCCAGAAACAAUCAGCAAACUUACUCGCGUCUCCAAACUCCAGCUUAACGGGAACCAGCUCUCGGGAAGAAUCCCUUCGGGAAUCAGAAGCUUAGCCAAUCUUGAGUAUCUUGACCUCUCCUCAAACAGAUUCAGCUUCCAAAUCCCGGCGACGCUCGACUCCUUACCAAGGCUUUACUACAUGAACUUGAGCAGAAACGAUCUGGAUCAAAACAUCCCCAUGGGGUUAACAAAACUCUCACAGCUACAAACUCUUGAUCUCAGCCACAACAACCUCGACGGAGAAAUCCCAUCACAGUUCACCUCUUUACAGAACUUAGAGAAACUCUACCUCCAACACAACAACCUCUCAGGUCCAAUUCCAUCAAGCUUCAGCGAAAUGAAGUCACUAACACACGUGGACGUAUCGCACAACAACCUCGAAGGUCCGAUCCCGGAUAACGCAGCGUUUAAAAACGCGCGUCCAGAUGCGUUAGAAGGCAACAGAGACUUAUGCGGCAGUAACACAACUCAAGGCUUGAAGCCAUGUGAGAUCACUCCCUCAGGGAAGAAGAAAUCAAACAAAGACAACAACCUGCUCAUCUACAUACUAGUCCCGAUCAUCGGAGCGAUCAUAAUCCUCUCCGUCUGCGCGGGAAUAUUCGUUUGCUUCCGCAAGAGAAAGCCCCAAAUCGAAGAGGAAGCAGAUACGGAAUCAGGAGAAACGCUAUCGAUCUUUAGCUUCGACGGGAAAGUAAAAUACCAAGAGAUCAUCAAAGCGACAGGAGAGUUCGAUCCGAAGCACCUAAUCGGAAUCGGAGGAUACGGGAAAGUGUACAAAGUGAAGCUCCCGGCGAUAACAAUGGCGGUGAAAAAGCUCAACGAGACAACAGACGAAGAGAUCUCGAAACCUACGGUGAGAAACGAGUUCCUCAACGAGAUCAGAGCGCUCACGGAGAUCCGUCACAGGAACGUGGUGAAGCUGUUCGGAUUCUGCUCGAAUCGGCGCAACACUUUCCUGGUGUACGAGUACAUGGAGAGAGGGAGUCUGAGGAAAGUAUUGGGGAACGACGAGGAAGCGAAGCAGCUGGAUUGGAGGAGAAGGAUCAAUGUGGUGAAAGGCGUGGCGCAUGCUUUGUCUUAUAUGCAUCAUGAUCGGUCUCCGCCGAUUGUGCACCGUGAUAUUAGCAGUGGUAACAUUCUUAUCGACGAUGAUUACGAAGCGAAGAUCUCCGACUUUGGUACUGCCAAGCUUCUCAAAGUGGAUUCAUCGAAUUGGUCUGCCGUUGCCGGAACUUACGGUUACGUUGCUCCAGAACUAGCUUACGCAAUGAAAGUGACGGAGAAAUGCGAUGUGUUUAGUUUUGGAGUUCUAACGCUUGAAGUGAUCAAAGGAGAGCAUCCGGGAGAUCUAGUUUCAGCUAUUUCAUCGACUCCUCUAGACAGAACUAUGUCACUGAAAGGAAUUUCCGACCGCCGACUACCAGAACCAACGCCAGAGAUCAAAGAUGAGAUCUUAGAGAUCAUGAAGGUUGCACUUUUGUGUUUACAUUCUGAUCCAAAUUCUCGUCCUACCAUGCUUUCUAUCUCCACUGCAUUUGCUUAGACUUUUGAAGGUUUCCCCUUUUGUGAUUCUCCCAGGAGUGAUGCCCGGUACUUUAUAGUUUUAUACAAUGUUGUAUUUUCAUGGUUGUGUUAAUAUUUUUUGCAUUUGGAAUGUUAUACUUGACACUACACUCUGUUAAAGAUAAUUAUAUAAAGGUCUUCAUUUUGUUGUAAA